AUGUGUCCGCGCCUACUCUACAACUCUGCCGACAUCAUGACUGCAAGCCAAAUCAGAUUCAGGCGAGACCUCUCCCAGGACCCCGUUACGGCUCUAGCUUUACACCGCGCGCCUUCUGGGAGGCUCUUUGUCUUCGCUGGCGAAGACUCUGACCUUGUUGUCUACGAGGCGAAAAAUGGGCGCCACAAAGGCCGCUUCGUCUCUCGCGUAAGCGUAUUCAUAGAUCAGCCUAUCCAUGGGAUUUCCGUGAGGCAUGGCCAAGUUCUUGCAUGGGGUUUCUGCCACAUAGCCAUCCUUGCUGUUGAAAGCCUCACUCGGGAGGAUGACGGCGAUGGUUCUGUGAAUGGUCGGCCCCCUGCGAUAGCCAGGGCGACGGCUCCUGAUUGGAUAUACCAUGGUGCAUUCUCAGAAGCCGGUCCUUCUGUUGCGGUACUAGCCACGGCUCACAACGAGGUUAUUCCCUUAAAGUAUUCGCCCAGUACAGGAGAGAUCACCCUCGGCGCCGUCAUUGCACCCUCAAGACCGAUGCUCUAUUCCGCUCAUCUUAGUUGGAUAUCAGACGACACCAUACUGGUUGCCGGAGGAACUGUCUUCGGCCACGUUGUCGUAUGGAAAUGUCACCUGCUAGAAGGCGGCAGGUGGUCAACCGAAACGCUAUUCAACUUUGAAGGUCAUGAGGGAUCUAUUUUCGGCAUGGACAUCUGUACAAUUACACUAUCCGACGGGAGCUCGGUACAGAUGGUUGCCAGCUGCAGCGACGACAGGACGAUUCGCAUUUGGGAUAUCACGGAGAGAAAAGACAAAGCCCGAUCUCAACCCCUCCAGCCCAACCAGGUCAUCAAUACGGGCUUUGGAGGCAACGAUAUUGAGCGUGGCGACAGUGUUUCAGAUUCCAGCGAGGAGGGUACUCCCAUUGCAGCUGUAAUGGGACACGCAUCGCGCAUAUGGGGAGUCAGGUUUGGCCCCGAGUGCGGAGAAAAUGCCUUAUCCGUCUAUUCCUUUGGCGAAGAUGCAACGACGCAGAGAUGGCGUCUCCAAAUUGACUGCGAUGCGUCGGCUGGAGAGCCCAAUCCUAGCUCAAAAUCGUUAACCGGAAAAAUGUCCCACAGCAAGACAUUUUCCCUGCAUAAUGGGAAGCACCUUUGGUCAAGGGCCAUGCUAGCCGAAGACAAGGCUGUACUCAUUGCCACCGGUGGCACUGAUAGCCAAAUCUGUCUCAUUGAAGAGCCUGCCCUGAUUGAUGAACGGUCAAACAGUGUCGGCGGUUCAAUAGUUUUGGAUGCCAGCGACAUUCUAAAGGGCCUUGUGUCUUCCAAGGAGAUUAUUAGUCGCUAUGAUUUUCUCUCUCACGACCAUAUCCUUGUCACUACUAGCUAUGGAAAACUUCUCUUAGGACACCUAAUAGAAUCCCACACCGAACCAAAGUGGGAGCAAAUAAAUGUUCCUGAGGAGCGACAAGGAGAGGUGAAGCUUUGCUAUGUCGUAAAAGCCAUUGAUCCCACAGCCGCUCUUCUGGGUACAGCGAGCGGAAAUAUUUACCAUUUUAGCCUGUCAUCCAAGAGUAUCACACACGUUUCCUCCAUGCUGGGCAAGAUCACCGAUAUGAUCUGUCUCUCGAAUAAAAGCAGAGAUGGAUCGAGGUCCGCUUCGGCAGAGGUUUUAGUCUUCCUCCACGGAAAGGCGGAUUCUCAUUACUUUUCGAUUGACAUCUCUACGGGCGGUGUCCGCAGCCAAGCACAGACUGGGGGCCUCGAUCCUAGAUUUGUCCCUACUGCGGCUGGGAAAGUAGAUGAUCUGCUCGUCAUUGGAUCUCGGCAUGGAUGGCUAUCAAUUCUUGAUCACAAAGACGAUGAGACAUACAGCCCAAUCCUAGAUAUCGCAACACGAAGCCGCGAUACAAUCACCGCCAUUCUCCCACUACCCCUAAAAUCAGGCUCACACCAUACCUCCCACUACAUCCUUGUCACUAGCCGCGAUGGAAAAUACAGGAUAUACGAAAUAGAUCGGCGGCCAGAAUGCGUUCUCCUUCACCUGCGACAUGAAACUUCACCACCCUUUGGACCUAUGAUUGCAGGCGCGUGGUUUACCCAAGACACUGUGCCCGAGCUGGUAUUAUACGGGUUUAGAAGCAAGGAUUUUGUCAUUUGGAACGAGACACGACGAGAAGAAGUAGCGACAAUCGAAUGUGGUGGAGCGCAUAGGACGUUCCAGCUGACAUGCAGCAAAUCGAUACCUGGUCGUUAUCGUUUCGCGUUUACAAAGACAUCAAAGCUCUCCAUAUCUUCAUCAGACCAAUUGAGGCACGAGUGGGUCAAGAGUGGAAUCCAUGGACGAGAAAUUCGAAGUCUGAGCUCCAAUGGCCGUUAUAUAGCUACAGGCGCCGAAGACACUUCUAUUCGCAUAUGGGAUUAUCAACCUGCUGGAGAAGGUGCACAGGCAGAUCUACGAUGUGUGGCAGCUAUGAAGACCCACGUUACAGGCCUCCAAAAGCUUGUCUGGUUAGGAGAUGAUUAUCUCUUCAGCAGCGCUGGUAAUGAAGAGUUCUUCGUAUGGAGAGUGCGGAACUUGGACUCUGAUUACAAAGGCUUGGCAGUCGUCUGCGAAGGCGUCUUUACGGAUAAAAGUGCAGAUGCCGAUCUCCGCAUCAUGGAUUUCGAUGUCUGUAAAUCCAACAAUGGGGACGGUAUAAUAGUAACGAUGGGAUUUUCGAAUUCGGUGUUAAGGACGUAUCGCUACACAAGUGACAGCGGCCGAUUCGAACUCCUUAUAAAGGGAGCAUACACGGGAGCGUGUCUCACGCAGACGCGCCAUCUUGGCAUACGCAAUCAGCUACCAGUACUCUUCACAGCAUCCACCGAUGGUCACCUUGCCCUAUGGCGGACUGAGCCCGACGAAGGGGCCCAGCACAAGUAUGUCCUGGAACAGGUCGUGCCAUUGCACCAAAACAGCAUCAAAAGUCUGGACAUGAUGAAAUCAGGAGAAGGGUACCAUGUGUUUACCGGGGGCGACGACAAUAGCGUUGGUGUAACAUUACUCGGGCAGACCUCGCGCGGCACAGGCAAUGCCAGCUGGACUUUUGUCAAGCGAAGCAUCGUGCGCAAAGCCCACGCCGCAGCCAUUGCAGGCGUCUUGUUAGUCCGUCGCGGCACGGAACUUCUAGGAGUAAGUGUAAGUAACGACCAGCGUGUGAAGCUGUGGAGUAUCCCCGGCGGCGAGGAUGGAAAUAUCAAGUUUCUUCGAGGAGGAUGCAUCGGCGUGGCAGACGCUGGAGAUAUUGCAGCCGUUGGUGGACCAGAGAGCGAUGCAGCAACAGUAGUAUUCGCAGGGAUAGGGCUCGAAGCCUGGAGCUUGGUGUGA